GACAAAAUACCUAUAGCUUUAGAGGUGUUAAAUAUUCCUCAUGUUUUUUUUUUAUUUAAGAUGUAACUCGUAUUAUCUUAGAGACAUGUAUUCUCAGGCACGGUGGAGUGAAUCACACCAUCUUGUGUGACACUUGUGCUUAAGCUGAAGUGGCUAGCUAGUGGUGAAUGAUAGUGCGUUUAUACUAGGGGGAAUACAGCGUCGAAACAGAUCUGUUUACUUGGAAAUGCCUCAGAAAAACAAGUCCAAAACCUCCUGUGGAACUCUCCAGGAGCUCGGGCCUGAGAGCGGAGAGCCGCCACCACAGCCUCAGACCGAACCGAGAGCUGCUCUGACUGCUGGAGACCCAGCUGGGAUAGCAGAGAAAGACUUUGAGGACUUGCAGAUAAUUAAAUCACCAAGUGACCCAAAGAAAUACAGGUACAUUGAGUUGAGCAACGGUCUGAGAGCACUGCUCAUCUCGGAUCAAAGUCAGGAAGCCUGCACGUGUAAGUCAGACCAGUCAGAUGAUGAUGAUUAUGAUGGUGAUGACAGUGAGGAGGAAGAGGAGGAGGAUGGCGGGUCUGAUCAAGACAGCGAUGCUGACAGAGAUAGUAAUGACUCUGGUGAAGUGAGGAAAAAGAUGAAGAAAGGCACAUCAGAGAAACAGUCAGCGGCUGCUCUUUGUAUCUGUGUGGGAAGUUUCAGUGAUCCAGAGGAUCUGCCUGGUCUUGCCCAUUUCCUUGAGCAUAUGGUGUUUAUGGGCAGUGAAAAAUACCCAGCUGAGAAUGGCUUUGAUGCAUUUCUAAAGAAGCACGGUGGCAGUGACAACGCUUCAACAGACUUGGAGAGGACCAUCUUCCAGUUUGAUGUUCAGAGGAAGUACUUCAGAGAGGCACUGGAUAGGUGGGCACAGUUCUUCAUCUGCCCUUUGAUGAUAGAAGAUGCUAUUGAACGGGAGGUGGAGGCAGUGGACAGUGAAUACCAGUUGGCCAGGCCGUCAGACUCUCAUCGCAAAGAAAUGCUGUUUGGAAGUCUAGCAAAGCCCAAACAUCCAAUGAGCAAAUUCUGCUGGGGAAACGCCCAAACUCUGAAGCACGAGCCAAAGGAGAAGAUGAUAAAUACUUACGAGCGCCUGCAGGAGUUCUGGGGGAGAUACUACUCUGCCCAUUACAUGACCCUCGCUGUGCAGUCCCGAGAGACACUGGACACUUUAGAGGAGUGGGUGAGGGAAAUUUUCAUCAAGGUCCCAAACAAUGGUCAGACACGUGCUGAUUUUUCCAACCUUCAGGACCCUUUUGCUACACCAGAUUUCAACAAGCUUUAUAGAGUGGUUCCUGUAAGAAAAAUCCAUGCUCUCACCGUCAGCUGGGCUUUACCUCCUCAAGGCAUGCAUUACAGAGUGAAACCUUUGCACUACCUUUCCUGGCUGGUUGGACAUGAGGGUGCUGGCAGUAUCCUCUCUGUGCUCAGGAAGAAGUGCUGGGCGUUGUGUCUGUUUGGAGGAAAUAGCGAGACAGGUUUUGAUCAGAACACCACUUACUCCAUCUUUAGCAUAUCCAUCACGCUGACAGACGAGGGUUACCAGAAUUUCUACCAGGUGGUGCAUUUGGUGUUCCAGUACAUGAAGAUGCUUCAGAAACUCGAACCACAGCAAAGGAUUUAUGAAGAAAUUCAGAAGAUCGAUGCCAAUGAGUUUCAUUAUCAAGAGCAGACAGAUCCAAUAGAGUAUGUGGAGAAAAUCUGUGAGAACAUGCAGCUUUUCCCUAAAGAAGACUUUCUCUGUGGAGACCAGCUCAUGUUUGAGUACAACCCAGAGUUAAUUUCCCGUGCCUUGGAGCUGCUAACUCCUGAGAGAGCAAACCUGCUGCUGCUUUCCCCGGAACACGAGGGACAGUGCCCACAGAAGGAGAAGUGGUUUGGCACCCAGUACAGUGUAGAAGAUAUUCCUAUGGAAUGGACUGAGCUGUGGUCUAAAGAUUUUCCUCUAAGCCCUGCCCUUCACCUCCCAGCUGAGAACAAGUUCAUAGCCACGGAUUUUACGUUGAAAACAUCAGAUUGUCCUGACGUCGAAUACCCGGUCAAAAUAGUUGAAAACAGCCACGGGCGACUGUGGUUCAAAAAGGACAUGAAGUUCAAAAUACCAAAAGCAUAUAUCCGCUUCAACUUGCUCACACCCCUGAUCCAAGAGUCUCCUGAAAACCUGGUUCUGUUUGAUCUCUUUGUGAACAUCCUGGCCCAUAACUUGGCUGAGCCGGCCUAUGAUGCAGAUGUGGCCCAGUUGGAGUACAAGAUGGUUCCGUGGGAUUACGGCCUGGUCAUACGGCUCAAAGGUUUCAAUCACAAACUCCCCUUGCUACUGAACCUGAUUGUAGACUACUUGGCAGAGUUCACUGCAACUCUUGAUGUGUUCAGCAUGUUCGUAGAGCAGUUAAAAAAGACAUACUUCAACAUCCUCAUCAAGCCGGAGAGGCUGGGAAAAGAUGUGCGUCUGCAGAUCCUGGAGCCUUCUCGAUGGUCAGUCAUCCAGAAGUACCAGGCCAUCAAUAAGAACCUCACUGUGGAAGAUCUGAUGCAGUUUGUCACUAAGUUUAAGGCAGAAAUGUUUGUGGAAGGACUUGUGCAGGGCAACUUCACAAAGGAUGAGUCCAAAGAAUUCCUGCAGUAUUUUGUUGAGAAGCUCCAGUUUCAGCCACUUCCAUCUGAGCCUCCUGUUCUCUUCCGUGUGGUGGAUCUGCCAAAGAAGCAUCACCUGUGUAAAGUUCAAUCCCUAAACAAGGGUGAUGCCAACUCUGAGGUCACUGUUUAUUAUCAGUCUGGGAUUAAGAGCCUCAUAGAGCAUGCACUGAUGGAGCUGCUAGUGAUGCACAUGGAGGAGCCCUGCUUUGACUUCCUGAGAACUAAAGAGACUUUGGGGUAUCAGGUGUACCCUACCUGCAGGAACACAUCCAGUAUUCUGGGCUUCUCGGUGACUGUUGAGACUCAGGCAACCAAAUUCAGCACUGACUUUGUAGAGAAUAAGAUCGAAGAGUUCUUGGUGAACUUUGGAGAGAAGAUGACCAAUCUGUCAGACGAGGCCUUUCAGGCACAAGUCACUGCUCUGAUCAAGCUGAAGGAGUGUGAGGAUACACACCUUGGUGAGGAGGUAGACAGGAACUGGUUCGAGGUGGUCACUCAGCAGUACUUGUUUGACCGGCUCAGCAAAGAGAUACUGGCUCUGAAGCAGUUGACCAAAGCAGAUCUGGUGUCAUGGUAUAUGGAACACAGAGGUGCAGACAGCAAGAAGCUGAGUGUACAUGUGGUUGGCUUUGGGCAGGAGGAGAGAAACAAUGGAGACAACCAGACUGACUUUGACCCACUGCAAAAGAGUGAAGACAGUACAGACAAGUGUUCGUCGUAUGGAGAGGUGUCCAAGCUUACAUUUCUGCCAGCCUCACCAGUCCUUGCUGGAGCCUCCAUGAUUACCGACAUCCGCGCAUUCACCUCCUCCCUUACGCUCCAUCCUUACCACAAAAUCCUUGGCUAAAUUAGAACUUCAUCCCAGUGGAACUCAGUAAAAGCUGUGCAGAUAUAUUUGCUUGAGGACCUACCUCAGAUUUGAAGAACUCUCAGUGCAAGAACACUUUUUUUUUUUUUUUUGCAUUAGUGAUGAAAGCUCAGGAACAUAAAGUAGUGAUGCACUGUAAUGAGGUUUCAUAUCAGAAUGUACACAUGGCAACAAUGGAAAAUUUGUGCAGAAAAGUAUUAUAACAUUUUCCAAAUUAACCAAAUCUUAAGGAAGACUAAGGAUGGUGGAACAUGUAAAUGCAGAGGUGUUGACUUUCUGCAGCAUGUUGUAGCUUGUUUUUGACUUUCUGAGAGAAAUGAGGUUUUGAAGAAGUCACCUCAUUAUAGGUCAUUUGAUGCAGCAUGUGACAUGUAGGACCUGCAAUGCAAGGCUUAACUGUACUGAGUGCUGUAGCAUAUACAGUAUAGCAUGUUUUAUCAUCUGUCUGUCAAAUGUUUAUAUGUAAUGUGUGUCUGGGGACAAGGCAUAUUGCAACUUUUUAAAAUAAAUCCACAUGCACUA